AUGGCAGAGAACAGGAAGAAAUCAGCGAAUGGAAACCGGAGAGCAGAGGAGCGAUGCCAAGGCCACGCCAUGGUUGGUCGUACAAAAGACAACAAAUUGUGCACCGCUAGGCGGCAAUUUCUUAAAACGAAGAAAAUGGUUCGCUCCCCGCGCCUGUUUCCUCUUCUGGAGGUUUCAGAAAGCAACAAAAAAGAUUCCCCCCUUCAAAAUUGGCGAGCUUCCAUCUUUACUCCCAUCCAAGAACGCGUGGGUCUUUUAAACGUUUAUUUGCUGCAAAUGCAGAUGAGGCGCAGUACAGAGCCUUAUAUUUUGCCCCCGUACAGUAUCCACUUGCUUUCUAGUGCAAGGAAGAGGUUUCUGGGAAGAGCAGCCGGUUGGUUUAAUUCUGUGUUUGCACUUACUGCUUCGAUUAUAUACUAUCCAAACAAAAAUGAAAGUCAGUGGAAAUUCUUUUUCUUUUCUGCUUCUCUGAAUGUCUUCCAGGGUUCCCAGUAUGAACUGAAAGACAACCCUGGAGUCCACCCUGCUACCUUUGCUGCUCACACCACUCCAGGUUAUUAUCCUUAUGGGCAAUUCCAGUAUGGGGACCCAGGGAGACCUAAGAAUGCCACCCGAGAGAGCACCAGCACCUUAAAAGCCUGGCUGAAUGAGCACCGCAAGAAUCCCUAUCCGACCAAGGGUGAGAAGAUCAUGCUGGCCAUCAUCACCAAGAUGACCCUCACACAGGUCUCCACCUGGUUUGCCAAUGCCCGGAGGAGGCUGAAGAAAGAGAACAAGGUCACAUGGGGAUCACGGAGCAAAGAUCAAGAGGAUGGGAAUCUCUUCGGAAGUGACAAUGAGGGGGACCCUGAAAAAAAUGAAGAUGAUGAAGAGAUUGACCUGGAGAGUAUUGACAUUGACAAAAUUGAUGAGAAUGAUGGAGAGCAGAGUAAUGAGGAGGAGGAAGAGAAAGUUGAGCUCUUGCGGCAAAGGAGAGAAGAUGUCCAUAUGGAGAAAAAUAAGGCCUUGCCAAUGCCAGGCUCUGAAGGACUUAAACCCAAGGAAGCCUUGCCCCUGGGCAAGGAGGCCUCAGACAACCCUACUCGGAUCUUGAGCCCCAGCAGACAAAACCCCCUGCAAGGCCCAAUGCACAAGCCCAAGAUCUGGUCUUUGGCAGAGACAGCAACUAGUCCAGAUGGGGCCCUCAGCAAGCCAGCUCCUCCUUCACCUCCUGCCCAGGUGAACCACACUUCCCCCCAGCUCCAGCAUCCAGCUUUCCUUCCCAGCCAUGGACUUUACACUUGCCAGAUUGGCAAGUUUCACAACUGGACAAAUGGGGCAUUCCUCACCCAGAGCUCCUUGCUAAAUGUGAGGUCCUUUUUGGGAGUUAAUCACCACCAUGCUGCCCAUCAUAACCACCACCUUCAAGCCCAGCAGCAGCCUUCAGUGUUGACAGCACUCAGCACUGAAAAGCCUUCUGAGAGGACCAGCCCCAAACACAUAGAAAGAGAAAAUGUACCAAGAACCGACUCUCCGCCUCAGCAGUUAAAAUCUCCCUUUCAGCCUGUCCGGGACAACUCUUUGACUCAGCAAGAGGGAACAUCGUGAAUUUUAACAACACUCCCUU